CUUAUAAAUACAGCAAGGCCUCAGUUUGUCAACACUAACAUUAGUUACUUUCUUGACCUAGCGUAAAUUUUCUCGGGAAAAUUUGCCGAGAAAGACCGGGAAACCAGGAGCGUAGGUGGGCUAGAGCCCGUGCUCCUGAAUUUCGUUGAGUUUUUAAGUUGCAGAUUUUGGUUGAUUUUUCAAGGGUGUAGAAUGUGGAAGCUUGCGCGAUUCGCCGCGGCAAAUCUGAGCCGAUCGAGGCGGUUCUCGACAGCGAUUCCUGGCCCGUGUAUUGUUCACAAGCGUGGUGCUGAUAUUCUCCACGAUCCCUGGUUUAACAAGGAUACUGGAUUCCCUUUGACUGAAAGGGAUCGUCUAGGGCUUCGUGGCCUUCUCCCACCUCGCGUGAUAUCAUUUGAGCAGCAAUAUGCUCGUUUCAUGGAGUCAUAUCGGUCAUUAGAGAAAAACACUCGGGGCCAACCAGAUAGCAUUGUUUCCCUAGCAAAAUGGCGGAUCUUAAAUAGACUGCAUGACAGGAACGAGACAUUAUAUUACCGAGUCCUUAUUGAUAACAUCAAAAAUUUCGCUCCGAUAAUAUACACUCCUACAGUAGGAUUAGUAUGUCAGAAUUAUUCAGGGUUAUUUAGACGCCCACGUGGAAUGUAUUUCAGUGCUAAGGAUAAAGGAGAGAUGAUGUCCAUGAUCUAUAAUUGGCCAGCUGAACAGGUGGACAUGAUAGUCCUGACAGAUGGCAGUCGAAUCCUUGGCUUAGGUGACCUUGGAGUUCAGGGGAUCGGAAUCCCUAUUGGAAAACUUGAUAUGUAUGUUGCUGCUGCUGGUAUCAACCCACAGAGAAUACUCCCGGUUAUGCUUGACGUCGGUACUAAUAACCAAAAGUUACUUGAAGAUCCUCUUUAUUUAGGACUUAGACAACCUAGGUUGGAAGAAGAAGAGUAUCUUUCAAUUGUUGAUGAAUUCAUGGAAGCUGUUUUCACACGUUGGCCCAAGGCUAUUGUACAGUUUGAAGAUUUUCAAAUGAAGUGGGCUUUUGAAACACUGCAACGAUAUCGUAAAAGGUUUUGCAUGUUCAAUGAUGACAUACAGGGAACUGCUGGUGUUGCACUUGCAGGACUGUUGGGAGCCGUGAGAGCCCAAGGUCGACCAUUGGCUGACUUUGUGAACCAAAAGAUUGUUAUGGUGGGAGCUGGGAGUGCAGGGCUUGGUGUUAUUAAUAUGGCUAUACAAGCUGUUUCAAGAAUGUCAGGAAACAGUGAAACAAGGACAAAAAAUCAGUUUUUCCUACUAGAUAAGGAUGGCCUCAUCACAAAAGAGAGGAAGGGACUUGAUCCGUCGGCAUCACCAUUUGCUAAAGACCCAAGAGAUAUUGAGGGACUCAGGGAGGGAGCUAGUCUAGUUGAAGUGAUUAAAAAGGUCAGGCCCCAUGUGCUUCUUGGUUUGUCUGGAGUUGGUGGUAUCUUCAACGAGGAGGUGCUUAAGGCAAUGCGAGAAUCUGAUUCAAGUAAACCCGCCAUAUUUGCUAUGUCAAAUCCCACCAUGAAUGCUGAAUGCACUGCUGCUGAUGCUUUUAAGCAUGCUGGAGAAAAUAUAGUCUUUGCAAGUGGAAGCCCUUUUGAAAAUGUUGAUCUUGGGAAUGGAAAAGUUGGCCAUGUAAAUCAAGCGAAUAACAUGUACCUGUUUCCCGGGAUUGGUUUGGGUACACUUCUCUCAGGUGCUCACUUUAUUACAGAUGGAAUGUUGCAAGCAGCCGCUGAGUGCCUCGCUUCUUACAUGACUGAUGAAGAUACUCAGAAUGGCAUCUUGUAUCCAUCUAUCAAUAGCAUUCGAGAUAUUACGGCAGAGGUUGGAGCCGCUGUUCUACGAGCAGCAGUCGCAGAAGAGCUGGCGGAAGGUCACGGUGACAUGGGGCCUAGAGAGCUCAAAAAUAUGUCCAAAGAGGAGACGGUGGAAUAUAUCACGCGCAAUAUGUGGUAUCCUAUUUACAGUCCUCUUGUUCAUGAGAAAUAAGGCUCCCGUCUUUAUGUGAUUCUUAGAGGCUGUUUCAUGUGGCUUACAUCUCAAAGAUCUGCAGUUAAACAUCAUAUUUUUGGGGUUUUCCUGAAUUCAUAAUUUAGAAGCUUAGAGACGAAGGGCGAAGGAUGUAGACUGGAAUGAAGCCCGCCUAUAAUCGAUUCUGAUAAAACCCCAUUAUCUUGAUUUGUGCAUUGUUGAAGUGACAAACUUAAAUGUGCAUAAUUUUUUUGUUCUGUUAUUACAAAAUACUACUAUUUCUGCCUUGUCAAGUUCAUGGGUGAAAUUUUCUUGGGUUUU